GUCAGACGUAACUGAUCCGUGAGACAGAGGGAGCGGUUCGGUGUGUGAGCUUGUUCACUUGUUACCCUGCAGCAGACAUGGCAGACCCCAGCUCCUUUGCCUCUCCGGAGAAGUUUAACAUCAAGCAUAUGAAUCUCAAAUUGCAUGUAGAUUUUGCCUCCUGUGUUAUCACAGCUUCAACUUCACUGACCGUGCGUUCUCUGCAGGACUCGCUGGCAUCCCUGAUUUUGGAUACCAAAGACCUCACCAUUAAAAAAGUUGCUGUUAAUGGGAAAGAUGCAAAGUUUGCACUUGGAACAAGUCACAGCUUCAAAGGAACUCCUCUGGAAAUAACACUUCCUUUUUCACUUACAAGAGGACAAGACGUUAUUGUGGAAAUUGAUUCGGUCACCUCUCCCAAAUCAUCCGCCCUUCAGUGGCUCACCGCAGAACAGACAGCAGGAAAGGUCCAUCCUUAUCUCUUCAGUCAGUGCCAGGCUACACAUUGCAGAAGUAUAAUACCAUGCCAAGAUACACCAUCAGUGAAAUUCACCUACUGCAGCCAGGUUUCAGUCCCAAAGGAGCUGGUGGCUCUGAUGAGUGCACUUCGUGAUGGAGAAUUAGUAGAGCAAAAUGACUGCAGCAGAAAGAUUUACUGCUUCAUGCAAAAUGUGCCGAUACCCAGUUAUUUAAUUGCAUUGGUUGUUGGAGCUUUGGAGGGCAGAAAGGGUGGUCCUAGAACAACCAUUUGGACUGAGAAGGAGCUUUUGGAACCAUCUGUCUAUGAAUUCUCUGAGACAGAGAAGAUGCUCAAAUAUGCAGAAGACUUGGUUGGCCCCUAUGUGUGGGGUCAAUAUGAUCUGCUUAUAUUGCCUCCUUCAUUCCCAUACGGGGGCAUGGAGAAUCCCUGCCUCACGUUUGUUACCCCAACUGUGCUGGCUGGUGACCGCUCUUUGGCAGGUGUGAUUGCACAUGAAAUUUCACACAGCUGGACAGGAAACCUGGUUACAAAUGAAACUUGGGAAAACUUCUGGCUAAAUGAAGGUCAUACUGUAUACCUGGAGCGCAGGAUUGAUGGCCUUCUUCAUGGUGAAGAGUUUCGGCAAUUUAAGGCUCUGGGGGGUUGGAAAGAACUGCAGAAUUCGGUUAAUACAUUUGGAGCCACCAAUCCUCUUACAAACCUGGUACCCAAUCUGCAUGAGGUAGAUGUAGAUGCUGCAUUUUCCUCUGUUCCGUAUGAAAAAGGAUUUGCUUUGUUGUUCUAUCUGGAGCAGCUCCUUGGAGGGCCAGAAAUCUUCUUGGGGUUCCUGAAAUCGUACAUUCAGAUGUUUGCCUACAAAAGUGUCACCACAGAGCAAUGGAAGAAUUUCCUGUAUUCAUAUUUUAAGGACAAGGUGGAUAUUCUUGACAAGGUGGACUGGAAAGGAUGGAUGCAUACCCCUGGGAUGCCACCAGUACAACCCAAGUAUGACAUGACACUAGCUAAUGCUUGUAUCGCUCUCAGCCAGAAAUGGGUCAAGGCUAAGGAAAGUGAUCUGAGCUCAUUUAACGCUGAUGACGUAAAGGAUUUAUCAUCUCACCAACUCAUCGAAGUCUUGACCAUCUUGCUGCUAGAGGCACCUCUGACAGUCUCUCAUGUGAAACGAAUGCAAGAAGUAUACAACCUAAAUGAUGUCAAGAAUUCUGAAAUACGAUUCAGGUGGCUACGGCUUUGUAUUCGGGCUAAAUGUGAAGACGUCAUACCCUUAGCUCUAAAGAUGACAACUGAACAAGGAAGAAUGAAGUUCACACGCCCUCUGUAUAGGGAUCUGUACAACUUUGAGAAGGCUCGAGAAGAAACGGUUAACACCUUUCUGAAGAACAGAUCAUGUAUGCAUCCUGUGACUGAAAUGCUUGUGGCAAAGGAUCUCAAUAUCAGUGCCUCAUAACGCACCAUUACUACCAACCAGCCUUAACUGAUUAUUUUAUGCAGUCAUGACUUGGUGUGACAACCCAGUACAAAUUACUUUGUUAAAGAAGUUUUAUACGCUUGCAACUUUUUCCCAGAAGAAUAAUCCACUUUGCUGAAAUAAAACAAAUGACAUUAU